UCUUCAACAAUUGUUGCAAUGGUAUGAGGAGUAAUCCAUGCUGCAGCAACCACAUUGAAAGACUACCAGGUACGAGUUAACUUGGUCUCCUUCCACUAUGGAAAAUCAAGGAUACCAUCAGGCCAUUUCAACUCAUCAGUCUUUCUGGAAGAAAAAUACACGGGCUGUACCAGGGAGGCCAAGCCUGAAGCAAGACGUUAGACAUGGCAAGUUUAAUUCCACUGCAAUUGGAUCUGGCAAUUUAACUGGUACUGCUAACAGCAGUAGCAGUACAGGUGGAAGUGGAGGCUCCACUUCCUUCCAAGACUUUCAGGAGAGCGUGGACGAUGCAUGGGAUUCGGGGGACGAUGAAUUCUGUACAGUCUCGGAUGUAAAGAUAUCAAAGAGGGUCAGUCACUCAGCAGCCCUUAGCGUUAUCAACAGUCACAGAUCUGGCAAUAAGUGUUUACAGCCAUCUCAAACGAACGCCAAGGUGGUCCAGCAGGAAAUUAUCCCCGAGGAGAAAAAGGCAGAAGCCCUUCAGAGGCUGGCAGUGCAACCGUUGCAUUUACGCAACGUGAAUUUGCACUCGCAGAUGAUUAACAGCCAGCACUCGGGUGAAGACACAGAUUUGAAACAUAGCGUAUCACCUCAACAUAAACCUACGCAAUUUCCUGGUAGACCACAGCCGCUGAGACAGGCAAAUGCUCCCAAUAAAUUUUUUAUACCUUCAAAGGAGCAGGAUGGUGAGAGUAAAGUGGACAAAUUUCAAUUACUUUUGGAAGCAUCCGUGCUGAAUCUAGAUGAGUUGAGACAGUUAUCGUGGUCAGGUGUGCCUGCGAAAUUGCGUUCCGUCACUUGGCGGUUAUUGUCUGAAUACUUGCCGGCUAAUUUAGAACGCAGACAACCCGCACUGGAACGCAAACGAUUGGAUUAUUGGAACUUGGUCAAGCAGUAUUAUGAUGUCGAGCGUGAUGAGGGUUUCCAGGAUACGUAUCGUCAGAUCCAUAUCGAUAUUCCUAGAAUGUCACCUCUUAUCUCACUGUUCCAGCAGACGACAGUGCAACUGAUAUUCGAGAGAAUACUGUACAUUUGGGCUAUUAGGCAUCCUGCGUCUGGUUAUGUCCAGGGUAUGAAUGAUCUCGUGACACCUUUCUUCUUGGUCUUUCUACAAGAGGCAGUGCCAAUACAAGCUUGGCAAGAUCUUGAAAAUUACGACGUGGCGUCAUUGUCGAAGGAGCAACGCGACAUUAUCGAGGCAGACAGCUUUUGGUGCCUAUCUAAAUUUUUAGACGGUAUACAGGACAACUACAUAUUUGCUCAGUUGGGAAUCCAACAUAAAGUGAAUCAGUUGAAGGAGCUGAUACAAAGGAUUGAUGCGCCGUUGCAUCAACAUUUGCAUCAGCAUGGGGUAGAUUAUCUACAAUUCUCCUUUCGGUGGAUGAACAAUUUGUUGACCAGGGAAAUCCCGCUUCAUUGUACCAUCCGACUAUGGGACACGUAUUUGGCAGAAUCCGACAGAUUUGCCUCGUUUCAGCUCUACGUAUGCGCGGCCUUUCUUCUUCGUUGGAGGAGACACUUGCUCUUGCAACCCGAUUUUCAAGGGCUGAUGUUAAUGCUACAAAACCUGCCCACGCAAAACUGGACGGAUUCGGAGAUAGGCGUGCUGGUGGCCGAGGCGUACAAAUUGAAAUUUACGUUUGCCGACGCGCCGAAUCAUCUACAGGCACACGACACAACGACCAGGUGACCACUUUCAGACGGAUCAGGUUGAUGUUAUUAUAGUGGCCAAACUGAGAGGCCGGGCGCGCUAUCGCGUUGUCAGUUCUCUUCUUCCGUCUCGCCGUCACUAAUAUGCAUUGUGACGUUCAAUCUAUCACGGCCAUAUCGAAAGUUUUUGAAAAACGCGGUCUCCUACGUUUCGUUCCCGCGUCGGCUAUUAAGUUUUUUCAAUUACUUUAUGCGUUAUAGAGUUUAUUCCUUUGUUAUAUUGAAGGAUUUCACGAAGAGGGUUUAGAUAUACUCGCCAUGUGUUCCACUCUGGAAUAAAAUGUAAAUGUGUUUCAAGACGUGGAAAUUGUAACGCGAAUCAAUUGCCAUUUCCCGGUUUGCAUUAAAUUUUUAUAUAUAUAAGUAUCAGACAUUAUAUACAGAUAAUAUAUAUAGACAAAAAAGUUUUGUA